AUGGCCGAACUAGCUGCAUUUACCUUUCUGCCUCUGGGCGCGAUCAUCCAAGAGUUCCGUGUCGGGGACAAGAACAUCGUACUCGGGUUCCCCACGCAGGAGGACUACGUCAAGCACAACACCCCGCACUAUGGUGCCACCAUUGGUCGCGUUGCCAAUCGCAUCAAGGAUGGUCUUAUCCACGAUUUGAAUGGUCAGAAAGUUCAACUGACGAAGAACAAUGGUCCCAAUGCACUGCACGGGGGUGAAAACGGUUGGGGUAAACGUGUGUUUGAGGGCCCCAGCACCGUAAGACACAAUGGCCGCGAUGCCUUGCUGUUCAAGUACCUCCACAAAGAUGGUGAGGAGGGGUACCCUGGUACUGUGGAGGUGCGCGUGUGGUACAGCGCAAGCAAGGAGGGUGACGCUAAGUCUGUGCUGACCGCCGAGUACGAGGUGGAAUUCAUUGGCAAUGAGUGCGAGGAGACUGUGGUCAAUCUGACCAACCACAGCUACUUCAACAUCGGUGACGGCCCUGACAUAACUGGCACCACUGCACAGCUCGCCACAGGGGACUACCUGCCUCUCGACGACACUGGUAUUCCCACCGGCGGCAUCGCCAAAUUCCCACGCGAUGUGACGACCCCAUUCGAGCUUGCCGCGACAGGCGCACACAUUGACGACGUCUUCAUCCUGGAGCCCGAUGCCAGCAAGGUCCCGCUGGAUACGCGUGGCUUGCCCUUGCGACGCCUGGCGCAAUUCAGCAACUCAAGCACGGGCUUGCAUCUCGAGGUGCACAGCACCGAACCCGCGUUCCAGUUCUAUACGGGCAAGUACAUCAAUGUACCAUCGAUCAAUGGUGCCCCGGCCCACAAUGAGGGGGCUGGGUUCUGUGUGGAGCCUAGUCGGUUCGUGAAUGCGAUUAACGAACCCGAGUGGCGGUCGAUGGUGUUGUUGAAGAAGGGCCAGAUCUUUGGUUGCAAGACAGUCUACAAGGCAUGGCAGGAGUGA